CCAACGUCCGCUGUUCUUCACUCUCUCUCUCUCUCUCUUUAAAUCUCCCGCUCCUCUGUUUUACCUAUUCUAUUUCUGUUUUUCCUAUUCCCAUUUGAUUUCUUGUUGUUAAUACGGAGGUCUAGUCUUCUCUUGUCCGAUUUGAGGAGACGGCGGAGAUGAUUAUUAACGUACGGGAGACAGUUAUGGUGAAGCCGGGGGCUGAGACGCCGCGGCGAAGGAUUUGGAACUCGAAUCUAGAUCUGGUGGUGCCGCGGUUCCACACACCGAGCGUAUACUUCUACCGGCGACCAGAGAUGGAGGGUGAUGGGUUUUUUAAUGCGCAAAAGCUUAAAGACGCGCUGGCGAAGACGCUGGUGCCUUUCUACCCGAUGGCCGGCCGGCUUGCUAAGGAUGAGGAUGGGAGGGUGGAGAUCGAUUGUAACGCUGAGGGCGUUCUUUUGGUCUUCGCUGAGACGAAUUCGACGGUUGAGGAUUUUGGGGAUUUUGCGCCAACGAUGGAGAUGAAGCGGCUAAUCCCUAUGGUCGAGUACACAGACGAUAUCUCUGCUUUUCCCCUUCUGGUACUCCAGGUAUGGGCUGAACUCUGAAUCAGGACUGA